AUGGCGCAGCCAUCGGCGACACCGCCGCUGGCCUCUCCAUCAACCGUUUCGCUACUCCCUUCAAAUCAAUCUCAUCCUGACGGUGUCCAGGUCCGUUGCGCUGGUUGCCGCAUGAUCUUGACGGUAGCUCCUGGAAUCGUAGAGUUCGUUUGUCCAAGCUGCCACAUGCCUCAAAUGCUUCCGCCGGAGCUCUUGGCUAGGGCACACGCUCACCAGAGGAGUACGCCGUCCCCUCCCCAAGUCCCUGCCCAUGGCAUUGAUCCUUCCAAGAUCCAGCUCCCUUGUGCUAAUUGUAAGGCCCUUCUCAACGUACCGCAUGGUUUGGCUCGCUUUGUCUGCCCUCAGUGCGGCGUUGAUCUCGCCGUCGACGUUUCCAAACUCAAACACUUGCUGCGCCAUCCCAGGCUCCCCCUUCCCUCUCCGCUGCCUCAUCUGCCGCUCACGCCUUUACCUCCUGCUGCUGCUACUCCUCCUGAAGAAGUCAAUGAGGUUCAACUUCUAUUGCCCUUCUACUUGCUUACUUUUCCAUCUCCUCGUCUUCCUCUUGCUAUGUGUUGUUUCUGGGGUUUUGGGGAGAAGAAGUGCCGUGAUGGAGGGACUCGUUACUUACUGGAUACUGCUUUCACCUUUGCCGUCGUCGUAAACUUUUCUCGUUCGCUUCUGGACUUUCAGUCAGCAAUCAUGGACUAUUCUUUUCACUUAGCAAUUGAGGUAGAGCAAGAAGAAGAUGAAGGUGGAACGGCGGGAGAAACAUUUACAGAUUACAGACCACCGAAACUAUCCGUUGGGCCCCCACAUCCUGAUCCUAUUGUUGAAACAUCUUCUUUGUCCGCAGUACAACCACCUGAAUCGGCAUAUGAUCUAAAAAUUACGGAUGAUUUGGAACAUUCAAAGGCAUUGUCAUGCUUGCAGAUUGAGACGUUGGUUUAUGCUUGUCAGAGACACCAGCAGCAUCUUCCAUGUGGGGCCAGGGCUGGAUUUUUUGUUGGAGAUGGUGCUGGAGUGGGUAAAGGUCGUACAAUUGCUGGGUUAAUAUUGGAAAACUGGCACCAUGGACGGAAGAAAGCAAUAUGGAUUUCUGUUGGUUCUGACCUAAAGUUUGAUGCAAGAAGGGAUUUAGAUGACAUGGGUGCUCCAUUUAUCGAAGUGCACGCUCUGAACAAGUUGCCAUAUGCCAAGCUUGAUUCAAAGAGUGUUGGGGUGAAGGAUGGAGUUGUCUUUCUGACAUACAGUAGUCUCAUUGCAUCAUCCGAGAAAGGUCGUUCUCGACUACAGCAGCUUGUGCAGUGGUUUGGAUCUGAAUUUGAUGGUCUUCUUGUAUUUGAUGAGUGCCACAAAGCCAAAAAUUUGGUACCUGAAGCUGGGAGCCAGCCAACACGAACUGGUGAAGCAGUUCUCGACAUUCAGGCCAGACUACCUGAAGCACGUGUUGUUUAUUGCUCAGCCACUGGAGCAUCUGAGCCUCGCAACUUGGGUUACAUGGUUAGGCUUGGACUCUGGGGAUCUGGAACAUGUUUCUCUGACUUCCAUAAGUUCCUAGGUGCUAUUGAAAAAGGAGGUGUUGGAGCAUUGGAACUUGUUGCCAUGGACAUGAAAGCAAGGGGAAUGUAUGUUUGUCGUACUCUUAGUUACAAAGGUGCAGAAUUUGAAGUUGUUGAAGUAGCUUUGGAACCUGAUAUGAUGGAAAUGUACAAAAAAGCAGCUGAAUUUUGGGCAGAGCUGCGAGUGGAGCUGUUAUCAGCAAGUGCUUUCCUUGUGAACGACAAGCCUAAUUCUAGUCAGUUAUGGAGAUUGUAUUGGUCAAGCCACCAGGUUGCUAUCAUUCUUCUUGCUAACCACAAGUUUUCCCUCUUUGAUAUUUUCAAUACUAGUUACACCAUCAAUAUUUUCUUCUGUCUACAAUUCAAUAUAAUUGAUUCGUACUUCCUUUGUCAGCGGUUUUUUAGACACAUGUGCAUGUCAGCCAAGGUACCUGCUACUGUAAGACUUUCUAAGCAUGCACUGAAGGAAGAUAAAUGUGUAGUCAUUGGUCUGCAAAGUACAGGGGAGGCACGGACAGAGGAAGCUGUCACCAAAUAUGGGUUUGAGCUUGAUGAUUUUAUCUCUGGUCCACGAGAGUUGUUGCUGAAAUUUGUUGAAGAAUAUUAUCCGUUGCCCGAAAAACCUGAGCCCCUUGAUGGAGAAGUUGACCCAGUGGAACUUCAACGGAAGAGACAUUCAACAGCAUCUGAUGUUUCCUUGAAAGGCAGAGUUAGAAAAGUUGCUAGGUGGAAACCUACAAAUGAUCAUGAAAGUGGUGAAGAAUCUGAAACUGACUCUGUGGGUGAAUCCACUGAAUCCGAUGAUGAGUUUCAGAUUUGUGAGAUAUGCAAUACGGAAGAGGAAAGUAAAAGACUCCUCAGAUGUUCUUGUUGUGGCCAACUUUUCCAUCCUUCAUGUUUAGUCCCGCACAUUACAGAUUUUCCAUCUGAAGAUUGGUCGUGCCAAUCAUGCAAGGAAAAAACGGAAGAGUAUCUUAUAGCAAGACGUGCAUACUUAGCUGAACUAUUGAAGAGAUAUGAUGUUGCUCUGGACCGCAAGUCAAAAAUUCUGGAGAUAAUUCGCUUGUUGGAUCUUCCCAAUAAUCCAUUGGACGACAUAAUUGACCAGCUUGGAGGCCCUGACAGAGUUGCAGAGAUGACGGGCAGGAGAGGCAUGCUUGUCAGAGCAUCGAGCGGAAAAGGUGUAACUUAUCAGUCAAGGAGCACAAAGGAUGUUACUAUGGAAAUGGUCAACAUGCAUGAAAAGCAACUAUUUAUGGACGGCAAGAAAUUGGUUGCUAUCAUUUCCGAAGCGGGAUCUGCUGGAGUAUCCUUGCAGGCAGAUAGGCGAGCCAUAAAUCAGAAGAGGAGGGUUCAUUUGACACUAGAACUUCCUUGGAGUGCUGACCGUGCAAUACAGCAAUUUGGAAGGACUCAUCGUUCAAACCAAGCCUCUGCCCCUGAAUAUAGGUUAUUAUUUACUGAUCUUGGUGGAGAACGGCGGUUUGCUUCUAUUGUUGCUAAGAGAUUAGAAUCUCUAGGAGCCUUGACACAAGGGGACCGCAGAGCAGGACCAUCUUUGAGUGCUUACAAUUAUGAUAGUGUAUAUGGGAAAAAGGCUUUGAUGGUCAUGUAUAGGGGAAUCAUGGAACAGGAAUUGCUACCUGUGGUCCCUCCUGGAUGUUCAUCUGACAAGCCAGAUACAAGUCAAGAGUUCAUAAUGAAGGCAAAAGCUGCCCUCGUCUCAGUUGGAAUAGUCAGAGACACUGUUCUUGGUAACGGUAUGGACCGUGGAAAAUUAUCUGGGCGCAUUAUUGAUUCUGAUAUGCACGAUGUUGGUCGUUUUCUGAAUCGAUUACUGGGCCUGCCUCCUGAGAUUCAGAACAGGCUGUUUGAGUUAUUUGUCAGCAUCUUAGAUCUUUUGAUUCACAAUGCUCGUAUUGAGGGAAAUCUUGAUUCAGGGAUCAUUGAUAUGAAAGCAAACUUCAUUGAACUACAAGGGACGCCAAAGAAGGUGCAUGUGGAUCAAAUGUCUGGUGCCUCAACAGUGCUCUUUACCUUUUCUGUUGACCGUGGAGUCACAUGGGAGGCUGCAAAUGCCAUGCUAGGGGAGAAGCAAAAGGAUGGCCUUGUUUGCUCCAAUGAUGGGUUCUAUGAAUCUAAGAGAGAGUGGUUAGGGAAACGGCACUUCAUUUUAGUUUUCGAAAGGGAGAUGUCCCUGUCCGAGUUGAGAAGCAAGUACAGAAAACUGUCUUCUCUAGAAAAAGCACGCAGCGGUUGGGAAGAUGAAUAUGAAGUUUCAUCCAGACAGUGCAUGCAUGGCCCCAACUGUAAGGUUGGCAUCUAUUGUACCGUGGGUAAAAGAGUGCAAGAAGUUUAUGUUCUGGGUGGCAUCAUUCUUCCAGUUUGGGGUACCAUAGAGAAGGCCCUUUCUCGACAGGCUCGUCAAAGUCAUAAGCGGCUCCGUGUUGUGCGAUUAGAAACCACUGCAGAUAGUCAGAGGAUUGUUGGAAUUCUUGUCCCAAGUGGGGCUGUUGAAUCUGUGCUUGAAGAUCUGUCGUGGGGCAAGGAUAUUGAUGAUUGAAAGGGGUUUCAUUAAGAUAACUAAGACUUGCCCCCUUCAAAGCUGCUCUGACACGAGAGUUUGGGAGAAAAACUGGAGAACUAUGAAGGUACAGAGAAGUAAACUGGAGAACUGUAAAGGUACGGGGAAGUAGUAGAAACAUGGACUUGUUGCUGGAAUCUUCAUUCUGAUUAGUUAAUGUGCUACCACGCUCUCAUUUUUUUUUGGCGUGUUUUGGGCUCAGAGGGGUUGGUGGUAGCUGAAACCAUAUAAUUUUUUGCAAUUCUUCUGCUGAAAUGAGGACAGAAGAAGCCACGGUCGCUUGCUCACUACUGCUUGGGUUGUCAGUCUCUGUAACAACUGUAAUUUUUUAUUUAUUGUUAUUGUUGGCUGACUACCCAGCCUACAAAAAUGAAAUGAGAAUUCCAGAUGCCGCUUUGUUGAUUAAAUACCGACAGGAGGUCCAGUAUUCGGAUGCACUAUGGAUAGAAGACACGCCGAGCUUGAGGUUUGACAACCUAACCAGCCUGCCAAUUGAGUCGUUGUGGACUAAGUCAACAUUGAUGAGGUUGGUUCUGGAUAACAAGAGGUUGGGUUUGGGAGGUCUACGUUUCAGUCUUUCAGAUGUGCUAAGCAAUAUGAAAUUUGACCGUAUGUGCUGGAUGCGGUUGCCAGACAAAGGCAAAACUAGCGUGGGAUGAGGGAUGUUGAACUUCCGGAAGGGAGAGGGAAUCUGACAUAUCCAAAGGCUACUACUAGCGCCUGGGGUGUGGAUUAAGCCUUUCCAAAUGAAGAAGAGGAUCUUAGGUGGGAGUAAGAGGUCCAUUAGUGAUCCAAAAAUUUCAUACAUCUGUUAGCACUCACCAUAGGUCGGAUUACUACAAAAGUGGUAAUUACCGUGGUUACUAAGGGUAAAUUGGG